CGUCACAAUUCUAACAGCCAGGAUUUCCCCUAAAGUUAAACAUUAGUUUAAAGCUGGUGGAAUUACGAGUUAAAGUUAAUCAGCAAUGACCCAGCAAGGAGCUGUACUGCGAACAUACAACAACGAGCUGGUCAAGUGUAUAGAGGAGCUGAUCUUAAAGAGGGACGAGCUGAAUAAGCAGAUCCAGCAGGAGGAAGAGGAGAAGUCUGGUCUCCAGCAUGACAUCCGCUUGCUCACUGAGAAAUUAAACCGUGUGUCCGAGAGUCUGGACUGCCACCUGACUUCCUGGAAAGAAGUAGACCAGACCAUCGCUGAGACAGAAGCUGCAUACAUGAAGAUUCUAGAAAGUUCUGAGACCCUGUUGAGUGUUUUGAAGCAGGAGACCGGGAACCUCGCCAAAGACCCCAGGAGCAGCAAAGACCGUCUAUCUCUAUAGCCGCCUCCUCUCGUGUUAGUAUCGACGCCAUGCAAUAUUCAACAGUUCCAAUUCUUAAUAUGGAAUUCAUUUCCUACCAUGAUGUACAGUAUUUAUUCAAAGACUUUUUUUUUAUAUUGGAAAUUUAAACAAGGAACAUAUACGGGAUAGACAGUAUAGUACACUCUUUUUCUUCACCCCCUCCCCUCCUCCUCCCCAUAAUAAAGCAUCAGGCAGUCAGUGGAAUACAGAACAAUAGGUAUAAGGUAUAAA